AGCUGCCAUGGAUUUCUGGGGACUCACCACUCUUGCCCUUGUCUGUUUUUUAUUUUUCCAGUUAAUAUGGAACAAAGGAUAUAAAGCAAGGAGGCUCCCACCUGGCCCAAUUCCUCUUCCCAUCCUUGGGAACAUGCUACAGAUGGACUCCAAGGACAUCUUUACAUUUUUUGACAAGAUGGCUAAAAAGUAUGGCCCUGUGUAUACUGUGUACAUGGGGCUGCAGAGAUUUGUUGUACUGCAUGGAUAUGAAGCAAUAAAGGAAGCUCUGAUUGACCAGGGAGACGACUUUCUAAACAGAGCAGCUCUACCAAUAUUUGAGGAUAGCUUCAAAGGACAUGGGAUUCUUUCAAGCAAUGGUGAAAAGUGGAGGCAGAACAGACGUUUCUCCCUCAUGACCCUGAGGAACUUUGGGAUGGGAAAGAGAAGUAUUGAGGAGAGAGUACAGGAAGAAGCCCAGUGUCUGGUGGACGAGUUCCAGAAAACCAAGGGACAGUUCUUCGACCCUACCUUCAUCCUGGGCUGUGCUCCCUGCAAUGUGAUCUGCUCCAUCCUCUUUAACAAUCGCUUCAACUAUGAUGAUAAGACAUUUCUGAAUCUAAUGAGAAUGUUAAAUGAAAACUUUCGGCUCCUAAACACACCAUGGAUCCAGCUCUACAAUAUGUAUCCUUCACUCAUAAAACAUCUGCCUGGAAGUCACAGGACCGUUCAUAAAAAUAUUGAUGAUGUUAAGGAUUUCAUAAUGGACCAAGUGAAGAAGCAUCAGGAAACCCUAGAUCCAAACAACCCUCGGGACUAUAUUGACUGUUUCCUCAUCAAAAUGCAACAGGAGAAACUGAAUCCACAGUCUGUAUUCAACUAUAAGGAAUUGACAGCAACUGGAUCUAAUUUAUUUGCUGCUGGUACAGAAACAACAUCCAGCACCCUGAGAUAUGGGCUUUUACUGAUCAUGAAAUACCCAAAGAUACAAGCCAAAGUUCAUGAAGAAAUUGACCGAGUCCUUGGCUCGAGUAGAAAACCCUCCAUGCAGGACAGAGUGAAGAUGCCUUAUGUGGAUGCUGUUGUGCAUGAGAUACAGAGAUAUAUUCAUCUUCUGCCCUUCAGUCUUCCACGAUUAGCAGCCCAGGACAUCCACUUCCAAAAAUAUGUGAUUCCCAAGGGCACGAAUGUAUUUCCCUUGCUCUACUCCAUCUUGUAUGAUAGAAAAGCUUUUCCCAAUCCAUAUGAGUUUGACCCAGAGAACUUCUUGGACAAAUCUGGAAACUUUCAGAAGAAUGACCACUUUGUACCAUUUUCUUUGGGGAAGCGCCUCUGUCUUGGAGAGAGCUUGGCGCGGAUGGAGCUGUUUCUCUUCCUGACUACUAUUCUGCAGAACUUCACCUUAAAGCCUAUGGUUGAGCCAAAAGAACUUGAAAUCAUCCCACUCAGAAGUGGUAUUGUCAACAUCCCCUCAAUUUACAAGUUAGCUCUUAUUCCUAGAUAAAUGAUGGACAGUCUUUGUCUUGUGGCCAUACAAAUUACCUUCAUUGCUUUGUUCCCACAACACAAUCUCUAUUUUAAAGAUAUAUCAAUGUAUUCCUGGAAUUUGGUGUUGGGAAGACAUUGCGCUAACAUGAAAUACACGAAGAGAUGAAAAGAGAACAACAAUAAUACACACUAUGAUUUACAUAAAGAUAAACCACUAAUUUGAGAGAAAAGGUAUCAAAAUAAAACAAAUCUAAAGGGAACUCAAAAGCAGAGAACAUUUAUUUGGGUAUAUAUAAUUUACAUAAAUUUAAGCAAAUGGUAAGUAAUCCGGAGAUUAUGUUUAGCACAUAUUUGUUUAAGCAUUUGUUUAUUAAAUGAUUUUUGAUGGUAAUAGUGGUUACUAAGUAUAAAAUUUUAAAGAAAAACAGUAUCUGGACAGUUCCUGCAAGAGAGACAUACAUGGCAGAGGAACAAGAGUCACCACAGCCUAAUACUUGCUCCUCUUGCUUGGCAGCAGCAAGGAACUACUUCAAAGGGAAAUCAUAUUGUCAAUUCAAGGGUUUAUUGUUAAUCUUGAGAAAUUCUGGAAAGUCUGCAAAUUGUCCUUGGCAAAUGGUUCUAAAUCUUGUUAAAGUGCUGAUUGUAGAGAAAUAAAGGAAUCACAUCUUAGAAUUACAUGACUGUAAA